CCGAACCCUUCAGCAACUGCACCAUCUACGAUGGCCGAUAGUCGAAGGUUUCGAUAUUUCGGUUGUGGUUACUUUAAUUUAUUGACAAAAAUGUAAUACCCUCUAUUUUUAAUUGGCCAUGUUACCUCUGCUCGCGGCAUGAUAACAAACACUUCGCUCGCGUUUAUGUUGUUUCUAAUAUAAAUAUCCGCGCGUGCUUUUAUUCAAGAUCCCCCGAUCUGACAUCGACGCGAAGAUGUCUUCUAAGAGUGAGUUAAAAAAGUUAUCAGAGGAAAGUCUGACCAGACAACCAGAAGAAGUGUUUGACAUUAUAUGCAAACUAGGGGAAGGAUCUUAUGGAUCAGUUUAUAAAGCUUUGCAUAAGGAGAGCGGACAAGUGCUUGCAAUCAAACAAGUACCAGUGGAUACAGAUUUGCAGGAGAUUAUUAAAGAAAUCUCAAUUAUGCAACAAUGUGACUCUCCUUAUGUUGUUAAAUAUUAUGGAAGUUACUUUAAAAAUACAGAUUUAUGGAUUGUGAUGGAAUAUUGUGGCGCAGGUUCUGUUAGCGAUAUAAUGAGGUUAAGGAAGAAAACCCUUCAAGAAGAUGAGAUCGCAACAAUCCUGAGUGAUACCUUGAAAGGAUUGGAGUAUUUGCACUUGAGAAGGAAAAUCCACAGGGAUAUUAAGGCUGGAAAUAUUCUCCUGAAUAAUGAAGGUCAUGCCAAACUGGCAGAUUUUGGUGUGGCUGGUCAAUUAACGGAUACCAUGGCUAAACGCAACACAGUUAUUGGUACACCAUUUUGGAUGGCACCAGAGGUGAUACAAGAAAUUGGAUAUGACUGUGUUGCUGAUAUAUGGUCACUUGGUAUUACAGCUUUGGAAAUGGCUGAAGGCAAACCACCAUAUGGUGACAUACACCCGAUGAGAGCAAUAUUUAUGAUUCCAACUAAACCACCACCUAGUUUUAGAGAACCAGAUCAGUGGAGUCCAGAAUUCAUCGACUUUGUCAGUGGGUGCCUUGUAAAAAAUCCCGAAGAAAGAGCUACUGCAACAGAGCUUCUACACCAUGAAUUCAUAGGUAACGCUAAGCAACCAAGUAUUCUGAGUCAGAUGAUCGCCGAAGCCCAUGAGAUACGAGAAAAGCAAAGCGCGCACAGAGCUCACGUUAUAAACAACGUGGCGAUUAAAAGUCAAAACCAAGCGGAUGAUUCGGAUGAGGACGAUUGUAGUGGAACGAUGAAACCGCUGCCGGAGGACAGUAGAACUUUAGUGCCAAGUCAUGAUCUUCCAGACACGGGUACUCUAGUUUCGGCUAUAUUGGACUUGGGUACAAUGGUCAUCAAUAGCGACACAGAUACCGAAGCUACCAUGAAGAGACAUAAUACCGGCUCUGUAGAAUCCGGCAAGAAGUAUCGGCCGUUGUUCUUAGAUCACUUUGAUAAGAAAGAAGCACCCGAGAUAGGCAAGGGUAACGGACAAAUAUUGGGAGCGCAUAAUUCAGAGAACGCGAAUAAAUUGGAGCUGCAAAGUCCCACCGAAUCUCAGAGAUUUCAAAGUCAUCUGCAACUACAAUUAAAUCAGAUAUCUCAUCCCGUGCCGGAGCAACCACAUAACAACAUAUCCAAGUUCCAAAAUGUCUUCACAGAACGUGACUUCGAUUUUAUAAACAACCAUGUCCUGCAGCUGAAGUUUCUCUCCUACGAGGAACUGCAGCAACGGAUGGCUAGUCUGGACGCGGAGAUGGAGCGAGAGAUUGACGAGCUCAGAAAAAGGUAUCAGACAAAGAGACAGCCUAUUCUCGAUGCCAUGGACACCAAACGGAAGCGCCAGCAGAACUUCUAACAGUUUGGUUUCCUUUUCUACGCGAACGAGUGACGACGAUAGACAAAAGGGUGUACAGUUGUAUAAAUGAAUAGAUUUUAUUCACGUCAUCCCUGGCUUCAUCAAAGAGAAGAACAUUGCUCACGCCGUGAAUAUUUUACCUCAAAUAACGGACAAGACGAGACUUAGUGAUCGUGAAUGUUUCCUGUUUACCCGUAAAUCAAUGUUGCUUUUCUUUAUGAAUCUGGGGUGUUCUAGCUAGUAAUAGCUAAUAGCCUCACGUCACCAAUGUAAAUUAUUUUACGCGAUUUAGUGACGGAACAAUCAUUAUACUUAAUUUUUGUAUUAUGUUUACCUAUUUACUGUUAAAUAUAUCCUCUAUUCUUAUAGAGAUAUUACCAGGCCUGUUAGGAUCGUUAGAAAGUGAAGAAAAAAGGAUGCAAUAGAGUUUGCAGAACAAACGCAUCAUGAUUACACUCGUUAUAAUCGGGAGAAAAAAUUUUUAUAUUCGCUUGAAAUGAAAUUGGUAUCGUAUCGUAUUGUAUUGUCACGCUACGCUAGUCAUCCAUAAUGCCAUUUUACCCAGAAUAUUGCGUUAACGAAAUCAUCUCGUGCAAGAGAAGAUACGCGCUCACGAAACGCACUUAAACGGUCAAACAUUUGAGGCAGUUUUGAGUGUGAAUGUCGCAUUUAACUGUGACAGUUUCAGAUAAGCGAACAAGGCUGUAUGAUUUAAUUAACUUUUUAUUCUACUGCCAUAGAUAGACUCUCUAUAUUCUCAUUCAUCUACUCUAUUAUUAACUUUAGUUUACGCCAAUUCCGCAAGUGAUCGGAUUUACUUUCCCGAAUUGCAAACACCAAUAUGAUCACACAAUUCUAAAGUAACGAAUAGUGUUCUUCGAUAUGCAGUGCUAAUGAUGCUGCAUUCUAGUGAAAUAUUUCAUAAACGAACGUACUAGUAUUAGUCUUCCGUAUUAGAAAAUAUUCCAGUAUGCCCUAAUUUUACACUAUCGCAAUAUGGGAAAUUGUUGAAACUGAAAUCUAUCAGAUUUCACUGAUGACGACGGUAUUUUUAGAAUCGUAUAAAGAGUCCUUAUGAUAUAAUGCCUUACAAUAAUCAUCUUGUGUAUAAAACAUUGAAAUUUGUCACCGCAUAUUUUUUGCAAUCGUUACGAAAUAGGUAUAUUUGUACGUGCCAUUAAGACGCAAAUGGCAAGUAACCAUAGUGGAGUAAUUCUUUGCUGACGUUGGGCUAUUUUGCAAGUAGCGGAAAUAGAGCUAUAAUACUUAAAACGCUAUAGACAGAACUGACCUUAAUUUUCUUCUUUUAGGGGAUAAUAAUACAGAAUAUAUAACGACAUAUUUUUGAUAUAGAAAGUAUGCACAUUUGUCAGUGAAGUAAGGUCCGAACUUGAAACUUAUAAUAUUCAUAGUCUCGAUCCCUUGCAAAGAAAAUGUAACAGCAUAAUUGUCUCAGCGUUUUAACGAAAUACCGAGCGAAACACAUUAAAUUGCUCCACAAUCGAUGUUACGCUCCGAAUAUCGUUUUAUAUAAAGCGCAAUAUGUAUCAUGUUAUAUAUGGUCUUCUCUACAUUCUUUUAAAUAAUUUAGUCAUAUAAACAAUCUUUUUAACGUAUUGGUUUUUGUGAUUUUAUUGUACAUGUUUCAUACAAUUCAUAGCAAUACAUCGGGACACUAAGCUCGUAUUAACAGACGUUAGAUACUGUUAAUGCAGAUCUAAGAUAUAUUUGUAAGUUGCAUAUACUUACAUAAAAUUAUAGAUUUAUAAAUUAUAUAUACAUACACGUAUUUUUUACAGUUUUCUCGCUAUUACAAAGUCCUCCUGUUUAAGAUAUUUAUUUUUUGUGACUUGUAUCCACACUAACAUUAUUCUAUACUAUCUGUUUUGAAAUUCGAAAACGCGGAAGGAAGACUCGUAAAUUUAUAAAAAUAUCACAAAGGAGCAAACCGACGCAUUUUUCUACACGAUUGUCGGUCAUCUAGCGAUCACUUAGUAAACAAAUACUUUUCACGAGAAUUACGUAUUUCAUAGGACAACAUAUGAUAAUCUGUUUUUAUUUUUUCACUUUGAAAUAUAGCUUUGUAUUCGUAUUUAAUUAUGGUCCUCCUUUUACGACGACAUUAUAAUUUUACAUUCUUAUUGUGUAUUGUAUGAUCUAUUACAGUGUUUGGCUGAAAUAUAGAGACUGAAGGCAGAA